AUGGGCGAAAACUUGAAUGCGAGCAAUAUUUCAUCGUCGUCUAGCCACCCAGCCCCUCGGGUUCUCGGUAUUCCAAUAUGGCUCCUUGAUGACGUCGCAUAUCCAGUUCUCGUCUAUCUCACAGGCGGCGCUACAAUGUCGCGCACCUCAGCUCAAAUUACGGGUGCUCCUGCUCUCGCCCGCCUCUACCUAGGACCCAAGAUGCCUCCAUCGUACCGCUAUGCGAGAGAGGCUGAUAACACCCCACAGCCUAUUGCGAAGCGGCAUUUUGCCACUCUUUGGCUCCCAGUGAUGGGAUAUGUUAUGGUCGUCGCGCUGCGACAAAUCGCCGAAAAUCAUCAGCUCCUCCGCACCUCGCUCCUUCAUCUCGAGCCUGGAAACCACGGCAAAAGCGAAUCGAGGAGGAUAGAGACCUUCGGCGUGCGCGACUACGACACCAACAACAACACCUCAAGCAACCCGAUCACUUUCGUCGAGGCAGGGGACGUCAGUAGCGGAUGA